CUGAUUCCCAAGGCAGACACUCUCUGCCUUCUCGCAUAGUUAUAGCUCGUCGGAGCAACAGUCUAAAACACAGUCGAUCCAGCUCCUAUGGCGCGUCGUCGUUAUUAUCGCCUACCUUGACUGUAUCAAGUGUUGGGAGUAUCCAUCUCACCACUGUACAAGAAGACAACCUUACGUCUUCUUUUGGAGACAUGAGUUUACCCUCUCCCCCGGCUGAUCCACGACCGGAACUUCUUACCUUCAAAAUGACCAAGAAUCAUCCAGCAUACAUACUGAAGAGGACAUACCGAUGCCUUCUCACCGGAAUGGCACAGACGCCUUACCUGAAAGUCUUGCUUCCCAAUUUCCAGCAACUGUGGCAAACUCACAUGAAGAAGACGAGAGACCAAACAAGUUUACUGGCCAUCUCGAAGAAUCUUUAAUAUGGAUACGCCAAAAUGCUAGAUUGUCCGAUGAGCGGCAACAAAUUUUAAAGCAGCUGGAAAAAGAAAAGGCUGAAAAUGAGAAAAUCCAGAAUGAACUAGAUGAAUUAAAAAACGUUCACCAGGCAACGCAACGGUCCUGGUCUCGCAUCAACGAAGAUCUUCAUGCGCAGCUACGGCUGGUGACCAAACAGAAGCAGUCAUUAGUAGCGGAUAAAGGCGUCAUGAAUGCGACUAAAUUGAUGUUGAAUGAAAUGGAUCAACUACGACACGACUUGGAUCAACGAGACGAUUUGAUAGCACAGCUGUUCGGACGUCAUGUGGGUCAAAUUGACAGUGAAACUAGCACUCAAGAUAGCUAUGAUGCUUCGCAGGAGCCUCUUUUUAUACCACCCUCCGAUGAUGCCAAGCGACAAAUACGACGUUUACGAGAAGAAAGAGAUGCUUGGAAACAGGUAGCGCGAAAUUUGGAGAUGCGAGUUGUUGAGCUUUCUGGUCGUUCUGGUAACGGCUUGUAGCUUACGGUUCAUAGCGUAGCAUAUACCUCUGGUCAAGAAAGAUCAUAUUGUAACAUACCCAAAUCAAACUUGCAUUCAGAAAAACUUUCCAUCGAAUCACUCCUACACUAUUAUUAUUUUUUGUUCGAUUCGCA